AUGACGCUUAUUCAUCUAUACCGGAAGUACAAGCGGUGGAACCCAGUGCACCCGACGCUCGGGGCUUUCUGGGGCUUCGGCGUGGGCUUGGGGUGCGGCGUGGGAUGGGGUCCGGGGUUCGGUCCGGAGGUGGUGGGAUACGUGGGUGCGGGCUGCGGCGUGGGCUUUAACAUUGGCCUCACGCUUAUCGGCGUCGGGAUUGGCCUUCCCGCCAGCGAUUUGGCAAGAUUGCCGUGCGAUGCCGCUUUCUACGCGGGCGACAAAGCCGUCAAGUUCGCCGGCGGGACGGUGGUUCCCGCGCUGGACGUGGCGGCGAGGAGCGGGUGGCAGCACGCGGUGAACGGCACGUCGUCGUGGCGGCAGUCGCUCAAGCAAUGGGGGCCGCGCGUGGAGCUUGAGAACAAGUGGCAGCAGGGCAAUAUGGCGUUCCAGGAUUUCUGGAGGGCCGCUGCGUCCACCGUGCUGGCCACUCACACCGUCGAACGCGCCAUCCUGCGCAGAUAA